AGUUCCGCAAUCCCGGCCGCUCCGGGAAGUCGCGCAUGCGUAGUCUCGGCCCCGGGCUGCCGCGCCAGCCCGUCUCCGCGCCGGGGGACCGGGCUGCCUUGGCCCCUCAGCGCUCCCGUCUUUUCCGGCAGUUGGAACGCUUCCUGUUGUCCUCACCCGUAACCGCCUGUUGCCCCCUGUCUCAGAGUCCCUCACGCCUCCCCUCCCGUCUUUGGCUCGUUGGCUGCCGCCGCCGGGGCUUCGCCAGCCUUCAAGUCGAGACUACUGGCCGAAGGGGCGUCUGCGGCUCUCCGCCGUCCCCAGCCCUGCCUCUCCCUGGGCUCUGCAGCCAUGGCAAUGACAGGCUCAACACCUUGCUCAUCCAUGAGUAACCACACAAAGGAAAGGGUGACAAUGACCAAAGUGACACUGGAGAAUUUUUAUAGCAACCUUAUCGCUCAACAUGAAGAACGAGAAAUGAGACAAAAGAAGUUAGAAAAGGUGAUGGAAGAAGAAGGCCUAAAAGAUGAGGAGAAACGACUCCGGAGAUCAGCACAUGCUCGGAAGGAAACAGAGUUUCUUCGUUUGAAGAGAACAAGACUUGGAUUGGAAGAUUUUGAGUCCUUAAAAGUAAUAGGCAGAGGAGCAUUUGGUGAGGUACGGCUUGUUCAGAAGAAAGAUACGGGACAUGUGUAUGCAAUGAAAAUACUCCGUAAAGCAGAUAUGCUUGAAAAAGAGCAGGUUGGCCACAUUCGUGCGGAGCGUGACAUUCUAGUGGAGGCAGACAGUUUGUGGGUUGUGAAAAUGUUCUAUAGUUUUCAGGAUAAGCUAAACCUCUACCUAAUCAUGGAGUUCCUGCCUGGAGGGGACAUGAUGACCUUGUUGAUGAAAAAAGACACUCUGACAGAAGAGGAGACUCAGUUUUAUAUAGCAGAAACAGUAUUAGCCAUAGACUCUAUUCACCAACUUGGAUUCAUCCACAGAGACAUCAAACCAGACAACCUUCUUUUGGACAGCAAGGGCCAUGUGAAACUUUCUGACUUUGGUCUUUGCACAGGACUGAAAAAAGCACAUAGGACAGAAUUUUAUAGGAAUCUGAACCACAGCCUCCCCAGUGAUUUCACUUUCCAGAACAUGAAUUCCAAAAGGAAAGCAGAAACCUGGAAAAGAAAUAGACGUCAGCUAGCCUUCUCCACAGUAGGCACUCCUGACUACAUUGCUCCUGAGGUGUUCAUGCAGACCGGGUACAACAAGCUCUGUGAUUGGUGGUCGCUUGGGGUGAUCAUGUAUGAGAUGCUCAUCGGCUACCCACCUUUCUGUUCUGAGACCCCUCAAGAGACAUAUAAGAAGGUGAUGAACUGGAAAGAAACUUUGACUUUUCCUCCAGAAGUUCCCAUCUCUGAGAAAGCCAAGGAUCUAAUUUUGAGGUUCUGCUGUGAAUGGGAACAUAGAAUUGGAGCUCCUGGAGUUGAGGAAAUAAAAAGUAACUCUUUUUUUGAAGGCGUUGACUGGGAACAUAUCAGAGAGAGACCUGCUGCAAUACCUAUUGAAAUCAAAAGCAUUGAUGAUACCUCAAACUUCGAUGAGUUUCCAGAAUCUGAUAUUCUUAAGCCAACAGUGGCCACAAGUAAUCAUCCUGAGACUGACUACAAGAACAAAGACUGGGUCUUCAUCAAUUACACGUACAAGCGCUUUGAGGGCCUGACUGCAAGGGGGGCAAUACCUUCCUACAUGAAAGCAGCAAAAUAGUACUCUUGCCACGGAAUCCUAUGUGGAGCAGAGUUCUUUGUAUAACAUCAUGCUUUUCCUCUCACACUCUUGAAGAGCUUCCAAGAAGUUGAUGGAACCCACCAAUAUGUCAUAGUAAAGUCUCCUGAAAUGUGGUAGUAAGAGGAUUUUCUUCCAUAAUGCAUCUGAAAAACUGUAAACAAAGACAACCAUUUCUACUACAUCGGCCAUAAACAGCUAUCCUGCUUUGGAAGAGAAGCAUCAUGAGCCAAUUUGAUAGGUGUUUUAAAAAUAACUUGAGUUUUCCUAAGUUCAUCAGAAUGAAGGGGAAAAACAGCCAUCAUCCAACAUUAUUGAGAUUGUCGUGUAUAGUCAUCGAAUAUCAGCCAGUUCCUGUAAUUUUGUGACACGCUCUCUGCCAAGCCCACCAAGUAUUUCCUUUAUAGCUAAAAGUUCCAUAGUACUAAGGAAAUAAAGCAAUAAAGACAGUCUCAGCAGCCAGGAUUCUGGCUGAAGGAAAUGAUCCGCCACCCUGAGGGUGGUGAUGGUAGUUUCUACCCAUACCUCAGCCUCAGGCGAGUGGCUUAUAGCCUCCAUUCAUGGUGCACUUUAUUUAUGGUACUAAGAUAAAGACUGUCAAUCCAUUGAUUUAUCUCCUCCUGUCCCCCAUCUAAAAUACCCAUGCUGCUUUUCUGAGUGUUGAUGGGGGUUACCAGCUUGAUCCACUGUUGCUCUUAGAAGGCCCAGAAAGUCUUUGGGCAUUGCCAAGAAAUCCCGGAUUAUGUGGAAAACCCUCACUUUCUCUUCACGGCUGUACCAGAAAAUCCCUAAGACAGAUCUUGCCGUGGACCAGCAAUACCUGCAAGUGCUGCCAAUGGGAACUCAAUUUAUUCCUGGGAACCUAACGAGGAGAGCCCAGGCCUAGGCAGGAGGCCUGGAACCCUCUUGGCUAAGGUGCUGUUCCUGUUCCUGCAAGGUCUCCAGAACCCCUUUGGAAAUGGUGAAGGAACCAGCCCAAUAGAAGUACAGAGCCAGCUGACAAGUCCUUGUAAAGCUCACUCCUCAGUCCUUGGCGCAGCCAUGUUUUGUCUUCUCUCUUGGUAUUUCUUCUCUCCCAACUUUAGCCAUUUUGCCUUGGAAUCAUGAUUACAAUUUUUUCCUUUGCAGAUGCCUUCCUGGGGGAUACUCCUCCCCACCCUAAAGGGUCGCCUGCAACUUAGGCGGAUUGGGUCUCUCUGCUGUGGCGUUCUCUCUUGAGAGACCCUCUGAAUUUUAGCACAAAGUGCCUUCUGUUUCACAGCUGCCACCACCUUUAGAGGAAUUUCGUCAGAAAAAUGUGGAGGCUCCAUAUUAAUGCAUUAUUUUUAAAAAGUUUUGAUAACUCUUAAAGCAUCAUUUGCACCUAUGUGGGAACUUUGCCUGUUGCAAAGUAUUGUGGCCGAGCUGCAGCUGGGAGCCUGCUUUCUGCCAGUCUUGAGGUUGUGAAGAUCAGCUUUGAAAGGAAAGUAUGUCCUAGCUUAGCCAUUCAGAAGAGAAAAAUGGAAUAUCAGAGUUACAGUUGUCAGUGAAACUACUUUGGAUUUUAACCUCUUAGAGGAAGAAAAAAGGUUAGGGAAGUCUCAACUCUGGAUGAAGGUGAUGUGUUUGCCUCUCAGUCUUUCAUUCAUAGCCUGCUAGUGAAAAGGAAGUAAAUGAGAUUGUUUUGUGUGACUUUGUAGUCUCUUUGUAUUACCAAAUAGUUGGGGUGUUGACUCCUGUGUGUUUUGCAAGAAUGUGUGGUAAGCCUGGGUAAAGAGAAGGAACUGCGGUGUUGGGAGAGUCUUUGUGUUGGGGAGUGGCAGGGGAUGAUUUGUUUCAGGGGAAAAUGCCCACAUUUUAACUUUUAAACUUCUGAAUAAACUGUGUAAAAACAGUA